AUUUUGUCGACGCAGGACGCUUACGCAGUUGCGUUUACGCUUGUGAAAUCUAAUUCAAUCAUGCCGGACAAACCGGAACCAAGCGCGCCGGAAACUGAUUCACCGCCACCUUCGUACUCCAGUCUCAUGGCCUCGCAGUCCCAGGGGACUUACGUCCCGGUACCGAUGGAAUCCAGUCAACCUGCACCCUAUCCCACGACGGUGCCGGUUCAGCAGGACACCACAUCGUACUACAACCCCGUUAACCAGGUGCCGAUGGAGAAUGGAAAACCGAUGUCACAACCUGGAUUCAACAUUACCCCUUACGCCUCAACGACUUACGCUCCCAUCGUGAACGAACCUCCGGUAGUCCAUGUGAUUACUCCAAAUCGGACGAUCGUGGCUUCUUCCCAAGCCACCAAUUCAAGGAGCAAAAGAUCUCGGUACUUAACGGUCUUGGCAGCGAUAGGAGCGAUAUUCAUCAUGAUCGGUGUCGGCUCGAGGAUGCAUCAAAGGACUCAGGAGAGACAACUGCAGCAGAAAAGGGCGCACAAAGUACUGCGCAGGCAAAUACAAGAGGAACUUGGCGAUCGUGGCGAUUUCAACGACUACGAUCAUUUUCGGCGAGAGUUCGAGGAUCCCGUAAUGUGGAAUUCUGGUGGGAACCGGUACAAGCGUUCGAUAACUUCGGUGCUGCCAAAUCGUGACUACGAUUUUGAGGCUUUGAACAGGGCCGCAAUCAGUUUCGUUAAGCAAUUGCCUCAGUUGAAAAACUUGGACAGUCGACCAACCGUUUACGACGCGGACCACAGAUUCGGUCACUCUCUCUUCAAACGGAACACCAUGAACAAACGUCUGCAGGGGCAUGUGAAGAGAAGAUACGUAAAGCCGAACGCCGGCUUACGUGGAACCCCCAUAACCAGUUGUUCCUAAACGAAGAACACGGAGAAAACGGUAUUCUUCCCUGAUGACCGAUUCAUUUUCAUUGGGAGCCCAUAGCAGCGUCGACAACGCAGGAACCUAAAAUCAGCACUGGAUCCACUGAGGCGGACACACGACGCCAUCAUAAGCGAAUGGAGCCCUUGUGUGGUGAUAGUGUGUAGUGUGUAGUGUAGUGUAGUGUGUAGUGUAGUGAUAGAAAGUAAUAGUUGCUCAAUACCACGCAUUUCGUCCACGACACGUACUUUCCACGCAAUCGCUAGUGUGUAUUCGUUACCACAUCUGAUGUUCAUUACGCUGACGGGUAAAGAUGAAUAAGCUUGCCUGCAUUCGUCGAUCGUGAUUUUCACCUGUUGCACUACCAACCACAUCGCUGGCUAUGAAUCCUUCAAAGCCGACCGCGAGCAUGGCAGUGUCGUGGAAAGAGAUGUUAUCCUCACCCU